GUCACUGCGGCGGCCGGCGCCGCUCUGCGCUCGAUGCCGUGUCCGUCGUCGUAGCCCCCGCCACUCGGGAGUCGGGGCCUGUCUCCCCCCAACGCUGGCAUGAGGCGGCUCCGGAGUCGGAUGUAGACUCUGGUCUAAUUAUCAUCAUCCGAUCCUGCAAUACAAAGAUCAAGCUACAAUGGACAAAAGGAUGAGAAGUGGCUUCUCCAAACCCAGAGUGUCUCUGCAGAAAGAGAUUCUCACUGGUCAGCAGCAGCUUUCAAUGAAGACUUUACUGCAGAACACAAAGCCACUUUGUAAUGUAAGACUUGGCCAACACUGGAAAAGAUCCGACAAUUUAACUGAGGUCACUUUUGUGGGAUUUACCAAAUCAAUGGAAGAUGCCAAAUCUGCUGGAGAGCAGGCUCUGGCUGAUAAUGACCCGGAGCUUUCAGACUGGCUGAGUUCACUACAGCUCGCCAACUUAAAGAAUACUGAAAUUGCUCUUUUGACUGAUUUGAGGAAACAUCCCAGGACAAAAGAGAAAACUGUUAGUCAGGUGGUCUGUGUGAUGAGGCACCCGCCGUCAUCCUUGUACUGCAAUAGUUCGGUAUUUUCUCUGCUUAACAAAUACUCAACAGGGAUUCAGUUUUCUCUAGAGUCCCACUCAACACAAAAACAUCAAAUGGAUGCAUACCUCGUGGAGGAGGAUGACACUAAUCAGUCUGUAUCGUCCAUUGAAGAUGACUUUGUGACUGCUUUUGAACACUUCGAAGAAGAAGCAGCAACAACUGCAUUUGGGGCAGUGAGCUUUGAUCCCAGUACACUAAAGCACCAGCGAGAUGUUGCUCUGCAGACUUUUGCACUGGACUUUACAGAAUCGUCAGUUCCUGUUAUCUCAUCCCCGAGCCAAGUCGUUGGCCAGUCUGUUCCUCCGUUACUUAGUAAUGCAGCAUUUUUAGGGUUGUCACUGCCUGCUAAAACUUCUGUCGUGACGUUAAGCUCAGGUCCUGGGAGGCAAAGGACAUUCUACAAAUCGUGCAAUGGUCCUGAACUAAGAUCCAACAAUGGUGGUAAAUCUGGGCCCUCUGUUUCCCCAUCAGAAUCUGAAGAUUCUGAUGGUUCAAGUCCAAGUCCAGUCAUCUUUCUGGAUGAAGAAGGAUAUCAGCGUAGUCUGAAGGCCAAGCUAAUAAUACCCCAAAUCCCAACACUCAAGGGUGACGUUGAAGAUUCUGACUCUGAAGUAAGUGAAUUCUUUGAUAGCUUUGACCAGUUUGACGAACUAGACCAAAUGUUUGCGAACACAUCUGCCACCUUGAAGGAAGGAUCCAGCCCUCAAAAUGCAUCUCAGAGAAAGAAGCCCAUGGCAAAGCUGACUUCAGACUUCACACUGAAACAAUGUAAAACUGCGGUUGCUGAUAUGAAUCCGCAGAGGUUUGACCACCCAGUCCUUCCUGCUGAUGUUAAGAAACCCACUGCUCGUAAGGCAGAAUCUCCCUACAAUAGCCUGUCUGAUGUCCCGGAUUCACCUCGCCCACUGCAUAGUUCGGGAGAAGAGAAUAGCCCCCUCUUCAGCCCCAUCCAUUAUUCAGCAUUCAGUCCCCUUGCAACUGUGAGUGGCUCUGAGUGUUCAGGACGAGUGCAAGCCGCCAGUAUUGAAGUUGUUAAAGCACAAAACAAUGGAGCACUUUCUAAUAAUUACUCACAGUAUGCGGGUGAUGUUUCUCACAGCAUUAUUAGCUCUGUCUUCAGGUAUCCGCACACUAUUGGUUUUGAGCAUAAGAGAACAGCUGGUUGCCCUCAGGAUGUUUAUUGGUCAGGCACUGAAAGUUCUGACUCGAAACCGCCAGCGGCUCGCACUUCUGCUCAGCAGAUUUAUUCGAACACAUUCAAAGAUGGCAUCCAGCAGAUUGCUGCAGAACUAGUGGAGAAGAGUUUUGGUAGUGCCUUUAAAGACCUGCAGAAGGGGGUUUCCUCGUGCACCAGUGCCCUGUGCCACCUGGCUGCAAGGCUGACCUCAUCUGUAAUUCACAUGGCACUGCAAGAGAUUGGAGCAAGGCAAGCCUCCUCACGGAAGAGGAGCGCUGUUAAUGACUUAGCCGACUAUUUGGUGGGAGAUGCAAUAGCAGGAGCACUAAGAGAGCUGGAGUUCGUGAAGAAACAAAUUUUUAACAACGCUGUUACUCGAUUUGCAACCGACCUGGCUGAGGAACUUAUAUUUGAGGGAAUCAUGGAAGUUUGUCAGUUUUCGCACCCAACAACACCAACAUCAACAACAAGCUGGUCACUCAAUGAGGAGGAAAAGAUUGUGAGCUCGUACGCCGGAGAUUUGUCAGAGUCUGUCCUGCAAGAAGCCUUCAUUGAAUUGUCCCAAGUGGAUGUGAGCUUCUCAGCACAAGCAGCAAUUAGCAUUUCUCAAAACAAUAUUAAAGAUGUUGGUGAAAAAGAUGUAGCGCAGGCCAUAAAGACUGUCCAUGGCCCUAGAGAUAUCCAAGAGAGGACGUUACUCAGAGAACUUGAAGGCUGUUUGACUAAUGCUACAACAGGCAAUUCAUUUGAUACUUCAGAUUUGACAGAGAAAGAGUAUACAGUAGAAAAAGCCCUACUUUGUGUUUCUGGCUUUGCAAGCAGUGUGUCCGUACCUCAUGCUGCCAAGGCAUUUUCCUGCAGUUCAUCUGAUUCCCCUCUGAAGUCAUUAAAGGUGAAUUCAGAGCAAAUGACUAACACUCCUCCUGAGAGAUCAUGUUCAAGGAGCAGAAAAAUAGAUAGGAUGCUGCCUACAAACUAUGUGCCUCAGCCCUGGGAUUUCGCAAGCCAUGUUACUUAUAGCAGGUGUGUUUCUAGUGACAACAUCUUUCAGUGCACUGAGGUGGCUAACACUCGUGUCAAUGCGCAAACAAAUUGGCAAACAGAAGCAAUGAUUGAUAUUGUGGGAAAUAAUCCUUCAGACUUUGUGAAUCCAUCUACAAUUGAAUGUGUGGUAAAGGAUAAUGCUGCUAAAUCGAGUCAACAAACACUAAUUGAGCCUAUUCCUGAGAACCAAUUUGCAGCAGAGUUGGCACAAGCAAUUGUAACAAAUUCAGUGGAUGAAGUAAAAAUGAAAAAUGUGAUACCUCAAGGGGUAUUCUCCACAGGUUUGCCAACAAUUUUUCAAAAUAGCGGCAACAAGGAAACAUUCAAGAGACUUGGGGAGAUUUCAGAGGGCCAGUUGCAGGGUCAGCUAAUGGUUGGGAAAAUGGUUUCAGGCAGUCAGCCUCAAUAUGAAUACUCUCAGUCUCCAGAUAUGCUGCGAACGCCUCCUGUUUCGCCAGCUGAAUAUACUCCCAAAAAAGGUUUGACCAUCCCACAGCAUUUUGCACAAGAGCUCAAGGGGCACUUAGCAGAAGAGUUUCCUCCAUGUACCCCACCGCCAAGUCCUACUGUGGCACUCAAGAAUUUAGUGGCAGAAAGUGCGGAUGGCAUGGGCGACCCAGAGCUCGCAGAUACUCUCAAAUCGUUGACUGCACAGCUUCAGGGUCACAUCUCAAUGGCAACCUUUCAGACCUCCAUGGCAGAAGUCAGUGAAUCAAGCAAAGAGAUGAAUGCAGAUCUGCUUGAAACGCCGAGAGUUGGGCUGAACAAAGAUGGGCUAUUUUCAGAGGAGCGUCUUGUCAGCAUCGAGGGCAGCUUAAGUGGAUCUCCUGGAACACCACCGCCAACACCGCAGCGAUCAUUCCAUGAGAAGAGUCUGAGGAGUUUCAAUAGGAAGCUGAAGGGGGAGUUGGCUAAAGAAUUCAUGCCAGUAACCCCUCCGUCCACCCCCCACAACCAAUCUGUUCCAGACCUGGCAGAGAUGUCACAGGACACGGAGGAAAAGGCCGAGUUUGUGCUGAAGCUGAUGAGGUCGCUGUCUGAAGAGGUGCUGGACAAUGAGGAGGAUUUUGAUUUUGUGGAGGGGCAGGCAGAGGUGAGGGACCAGAUGAGCCCAAGCUUAAGGCGGAACACAAAGAAUUUGGAAAAGGAAGAAUUGAAGUUGGACAUUAAGAGGCAGGCCCUGCAGUAUGCCAACCAGCUGGCAGGCAGCAUCGUUUCCAUGGCAACUGAAAUUGCAGCAAUCUGUGUAGAAGAUACCAGGAAGUGUGACGGCAGAGAUCUCAAGUGUUUCAGGGUCUCCCCCAGCAACCUGAGGAAAUCAGCCACAUGGAGCGAGCUGCACUCCAAGACGAUGGUAGCGGAGAGGAUCGUACCGGAAGAAAUUGUGGGUUCUUUGUUGAACUACGCGGGCAGGGUGGCAGGAGAGGUCAUGCGGGAUGCCAAAAAAGUCCUCGGCUCCAAGAAGCACAGGGUGAGGAAAUUCAAAAGGGAUGGCCACCAGAUUGAAAGCAGUGAAUCCAGUUUUGGAGAGCAGGAAAAUGCGGGAACAGAAGAGUUAAAUACCAUGGCUGAUCAGUGGUCGCGGGAUCUUCUGGAUUCUGUGCUUCAUUCACCCCAAGGUGGACUUGUGUCUAAACACUCAAGCUGUGAGAGUGUGACUGAUGAAUAUGCAGAAUUCAUUAUGAGAAUGAUCAGUAGAGAAGCAGGAAAUGGAGAGCUAGUAGUUGAUCAUUACGCGAGUAAACUUGCCUUUAGGACAGUGAAAGUGGGCCUCGAACAAGCAGCCAGGAGAAUAAAGCAGAGGUAUAAGAGAAGACUCCUGUCCUCACAACAGUCAAGAGGUGACAAUGGGGGCAAAGAACUUUUCAAGUUUCUGACAAGGGAGGAAACACAAGAUACAGGCCCCUGCAGGAGAAGCCAUGAUCAAAGACUGAGCAGAAGGAACUCCAGAGAUCUAGCAAGGUUUGCGGAAUCAGUAGCUCAAAAUAUCACGUUUGAAGUCACACAGAAAUUGAACACAGCAUCCGGUGUGCAGGGCUUAUCCAAGUCCUUGACGGACUCCUGUCUCUACAAAAGGUCCCAACUGGAACAGAUGGCUGAGGACCUCAUUAAGAAGACCUGGACCUGCUCAAUCCAACCCAUCAUCCAGAGAAACAAACGCUACCACAGCAUGGGAAGUUUAAAUGAAUAUGGAUGCUGUCUUUCCAGCACCAAUCGUACACUCAAACACUGCGCUGAUGAAACUCUUCAUCUGCACACAGCUGGUGAUGAUGGAAAAACUUUGGACACCAGCAAGCAAAAUGAUUGUUUAAUGUAUGCUGAAAAGUUGACGGGAAUUGUUUUGCAGUGUUCAUCUGCAGAAAAGGAAUCAAGAAGUCAUACUAACAGGAUAAGUUGGCAAACUGGUGGGUUUUACUCCCAAAGUGCCACAAGAGCCCCCUGGCACACAAGCAAGCCACUUGCAAGACCAGAGCACUAUGUGAAUGGAGCUUGUCAACUCAAUGUACCUAGAAUCCACAUUGACUUGGAGCAGAGAGGAAUUUUCGCAGAAGACUUGAUGUCAGUUUCCAUUGAGAAAGCCAAGAGCAAUACAAGCCUGGCAGCGGACAGUGGUAUUGGACAGGAUGGUGCAAGUUUCACUGAGAGUCUUGCUGCGGAGAUAAUGACAUCUGCCAUGAUCAAUGCCAGCCAGUCAAUCACAAGCAGCGGUUUCAAGGAUGGAUUGCGGUCAACUGAUUCUACAACAACCAGCCAACAGCUUAGCCUGAGCGCUGGUGAUGAUAGCACUGGCAGCUGGUCAAAUCUGAGCUUUGAAGACGAGCACCCAGAUGAAACAAGCAGCUUCCUGCAUCUCAGUGACAGUAAUGGCAACAGCAGUAGCUGGAGCAGUCUGGGGUUAGAAGGAGAUAUAUUUGAGGAGAAUAUAUCCUUUCCACCAUCAGAAAGCCUUUUAUGUCUCUCAGACUUGUCCUUGUGUUUCCUCACUCUGUUCAUUGUAGGACCAUUUAUAGACAUAGUGUAACAUUGAUCUCCAUAAUUCCCCCACACAGUUAAAAUCAUUGCAUGCAAGAUGUUCAAAUACUGCAGAAGUUGUUGUUUAUUAAUGUUGAAAAUAGAAGGAUACUUUAGCUUAGCACAGGGUGAGUUGAGUGCUGCAAUAUCAGAAAAUGGAGCAGGUUCUUUUUAAAGAUCACAACCUCUUCAGUCGCAAGCUUUCAGUUUCACAAAGAACACUUACUUUAGUGUUGUGAUGAUGAAUAGAAGGUUACAAUACAAAGACAUUGACAGUUCAACUAAUGUCCUACAAGUGGAGCAAAUAAAUAUUUGAGAAACAAAAUUUGCCACUGCAUGUUGCAGCUAGAAAUAAUAAGAACUAAAUUCUUACCAGCUGAUCUUUUGGAGGGAGGGACAGUAGUGGAAUCAUGCCUGAAUAUUCACUUUGGUUUGAAAAUCCUGCUCGAGGUUGUUUUUGUUAGGAUGGGAAGUAUCAGCUUGUAGGAAGGAACAGAACUCAGCGCCGUAAUGGCAGAAAUGUUUACCAGCUGCACAGCGAGACGUAUCGUGAAACUUGAUCCGAUUUCUGCUUAUGGAUGCAGAAAUACAGUUCUUGGGAAAAUAUUAACAGAUAUUGUUGUAUUUUUGCCAUUGUAAUGUACAUAACCACCUUAAUCAUGCUGUGAUAGUAAUUUGUACUUUGCCAACAAAAUUUGUGGAAUCCACCCAGCACUGCUUUAUUUUCCGUAGGUUUAACGAUCAUUCCAGUUUUUGGAUUUGUUGCAUAACUUUAUCUGCUCCUUGCACAGUAUAUUACCAGUAUUUAUCACAACUGCUUUGAUUUCAACUUACACUGGUGCGCUCAAUGUCACUGUGAAUCAUUCCCGUUGCUUAUACUCCCUGAAGUCCACACUAGUUUGCAUGGAUGUAGCUUUGUGAGCUGGCAGCAUUUCCAGCAUAUUGCACUAAUAAACUGCAGUGGUAAGAUUCAUUAAAGAUUUAAUUUUUUGUGUAAAAUUCGCAAGACACUGCCUGAGAUUUCCCACAAAGGUGGCCCUGUUAUUUGCUGGACUAUUCUGGCUGUAACCUCUGCUGUUUGACAAGCCAUGGAUAGGUAGCCUCAUACUGUAUCCAGUCCUGGAGCUGACAUAGAAUGUCUCAACCCCUUUGCCAAUAGGUUUUCCCCCACUACUUUUAAUUUAACACAAGAUCUUUUAACACAGUGCUGUUAGUAUGGUCACAUGACUAACCAAAUGGAAGGUUUGUUCUUGGUUACUUCAGUCACUUUAUGUGUGUGUGCAUGUAUACGUGCACGUGUAUGUGUAUGCGUGUAUAUGCGUGCGUAUGUGUUCCUCAGUUCCUGAUCUCUGUUUUUAUCCCCGUGGUGAUUAGUGAUACCAUUUUGAAGACAGAAUGUGAAACAUUAAAAUUGAACUAUUCUGAUCGUACUUAUUUUAUUACUGCACAGUGUUAAUUCCAUCAUAAUUCACAUGCUAGGGUAAAUUUCAAUUGUGUAAUUUCUGCUUUUUGUGAUCCCUAAUCCUUUAUAUGAAUUAUGCCAAAAAUAGAGCAAUGAAGUUCAUUUAACUUAUAGCAAUUUUAUGUGUUGACAGUACUUUCAAGUGUACAAUUUGUUACCAGAUUAUAAGCUGCAAUUGCACUCCAUUGAUGUCUAUGUUUAUUUCUUAAGCAAUUGCUAAAAAUAAACGGUAGCUCAUCUACUGUG